UACAGAUCUGCUCAUCAUGGAGGCAAGAAUGGUCCAUCCUUUUGUCGUAUAUAUAUGUGUCUAUAACAUAGAAACACAUCAUUCACUGCUCAUAGAAUUCAGAAUCUUUUCAUUCUCUCUCUCUUUGCUUCCAGAUGGAUUCCAUCAAAGCAGAAGUAUCUCAUGAUGUUUUUCCUUACCUUCGACAGUACAAUGAUGGAAGUAUUGAAAGACUUGCGGGAACAGAAGUUGCUCCUGCAGGAUUGGAUCCUGAAUCUGAUGUUUUGUCUGUAGACACUGUUAUCAUACAAGAAACUGGCGUUUCAGCUAGAUUCUACAGACCCAGAUCAACAAAAGUUGGCCAAAAGCUUCCUCUUGCAAUAUAAUAUCACGGUGGAGGCUUUUUCAUAUCAUCUACUGCCGAUCCCAAGUACCAUCAGUGUCUUAACAAGAUAGUAGCUGAGGCUAAAAUCAUUCUUGUCUCGAUUGACUAUAGGUUAGCCCCCGAGAACCCUCUCCCAGCAGGAUAUGAAGACUCUUGGGCUGCACUGAAGUGGGUGGCUACUCAUGCAAAAACUGAUGCAUGGCUCAAGGAUUACGCUGACAUCGGGAAAGUAUUCUUGGCAGGUGAUAGUUGCGGUGCUAAUAUGGCGCAUCAUUUGGCGUUGAAGCUUAAGGGAUCAGAAUUGGGUAGAGAACUGAAGAUUCAAGGGAUUGCCAUGAUCUUUCCUUACUUUUGGGGAAAAGAUCCGAUUGGAAUAGAAAUAACGGACCAGUUCAGGAAAUCAAUGGUGGACAACUGGUGGACGUUCACCUGUCCAUCUGCGAAAGGGUGUGAUGAUCCACUCAUUAACCCAUUUACAGAAGGAUCCCCUAGUCUUGAAGGCUUGGCUUGCAACAAAGUGCUGGUUGUUGUUGCAGAAAAAGACAUACUGAGUGAUAGAGGAAGGCUUUACUAUGGAAAGUUAGUGAGCAGUAGAUGGCAAGGGACUGCAGAGAUUAUGGAAAUAAAAGGAGUGGAUCAUGUCUUCCAUAUAUUUGAUCCAAAUUGUGACAAUGCUAAGAGCUUGUUCAAGCGUCUGGAUUCUUUCUUCAGCCAAGCAUGACCUUCAUAAACAGUGCCUUAUUUCUAUUGUGAGAUACUGAUCCAUGUGAGGAUUUUGAGUUUGAUUAAGUUCCUUUGAAGUGUCAUUUUAUGGGGGCAAAUAAAAAGAAAGCUAAUCUGCAAGUGGUGGUUUAUGAGGUUGAUUUCCAUUGCUAGCUUUUGCUUUUGAGGCAUUUAGUUUAUUUUAGUUAUCAUUAUUUUCAAACAAAUCUUCUUAAUGAUACAGUUCAAAUAAAAGAUAAAAAUUCACAAGCGGAUAAGCGCACGAGGAUAGGAGGAAAUUGAAAAAGAAAACCAACCCUCUUUCCACACAUUAUUGAGCAUAUGAGUGGUCCAUGUAGAAUUGAGUUUUGUCAAAAUAAUGAAGCCAUAAAAUCGAUCACCAUAUUCUACUGAUUCGC